UCACAUUUCAUCAACACAGGCUAAAUAUAUAUUGUGAUCAAACAAGUGAAAUCAAUCAAAAGAUGGAAGGCAAAACAGUUUUUCUAAGUGUGCUCAUAAUGAGUUUGGUCAUGGCACAAAUUCAAGUGGAGGCAAAGAGUUGCUGCCCAACUACGACAGCUAGAAAUAUCUAUAACACUUGCCGUUUUGCGGGAGGCUCCCGACCAACGUGUGCAUCUCUCAGUGGAUGCAAAAUCGUUAACGGCAAAUGUCCUAACGGAUAUACACAUGACACUCUCCAAAACUCAGGUGAUGCUGUCAAUGAAUACUGUAAGUUGGGAUGUACAUCUUCUGUGUGCGCUGCCAUGGAGACACUCCAAAGCUCUGAUGCGAGUGAAAUUGUGAAUGGAGCCGUAACACAAUGCGCAAAUGCAUGUUCGACUUUCUGCACCAAGGGCUCGUCAACUGUAGUUGAGACUGCCUAAGCAAGCAUAUCCAUGAAGUUACCACAUCCAAGUUUCAGAGUGUUAUUUUCCUGUUUUCAAUCAUUUGUGUGUAUUUGAAUAUAAGUUAUUUCCAGUUUGUUUAUGUGUCAUAGAAGUUUGUCAAUCCUAGAUUGUACAUGACUUCUAAUAAAUAAAAAGUUUGUCACUUUAAUAUUUA